GAGCGCAGGGGGCGCGGCGCGAGCUCUGGGACGUCGGUUAAUAACUCAAGUCGCGAUUUUGGCGCGGGUGUGCACAGGCGGCCUCGGUGACGUGAAGGGGCGGCGGAAAGAGGGGUUGCGGAGGAAGAUCGACACAGGCGACGCUGACGGUGAAGAAAAAGGUUGAAAAGAUGGGCAAGUCGCUGAACGGCAGCGGGCAGGACCUUCACGACAACCCCAAGGGGAGGGAUCGUCGCAACUGGGCCGGGAUAUCCGCGGCGUUAUUCUACGGCUCGAUGUCUGUCGCGUCCGUGUUCCUGAACAAGGCGAUAUUCGAGGUGUGGAGGUACAGGUACCCCGCGAGUUUAGUCGCCGGUCAGACGGUCUUCACCGUGCUCGCCAUCUUCACCUUGAGCCGCUUCGGCGUCAUCAAGCUCGGCAAGUUCAACAUGGACCACUUCAAGCGCGUUUUCACCGUAUCCGCGGUGUUCCAGCUGAAAUUGGUCCUCGACAUGUCCGCGCUCGUGCUGGUGAACAUACCCAUGUACGGCAUCCUCAAGUCCAGCACCACGCCGUUUGUGAUGCUCCUGGACUACGUGCUUCGCAAGCGGGUUCCGGCGAUGCGGAUCCAGGCGGCGGUUUGGGUCACGACCGUGGGAGGGCUCGUCGCAGGGUUCGGGGACUUGCACUUUGAACCCCUGGGGUACGUGUUGGCGCUGUCGUCCGCGGCGUGCACCGCUUGCUACGUGGUGCUGGUGGGCAAGCUGGGAGACGAGCUCCAGCUCGACUCGUUCACCUUGCUGCUGUACAACUCGCUGUGGUCCACGCCGCUGUCCUUCGGCAUCACGAUCCUCACCGGGGAGGUGACCGGGGUGAUGAACUAUCCGCACGUCUCGGAGGUUGCGUUCCUCGCGGCGUUCACCAUGUCGUGCGCGAGCGCGUUCGUGCUCAACUACGCCACGUACCUGUGCACGCAGCUCAACGACGCGCUGACCACGUCGGUGGUGGGCAGGACGAAGAGCGUGGUGCAGGGGGUGGCGGGGCUGUUCGCGUUCUCGGUAUCGUGGGGCAUGACGAAUGUGAUCGGGCUGACCCUGAACUCGGUGGGGAUAUGCUGGUACGCGUGGGAGAGGUACGCGGAGAAGCGGCGGGGCACGAGGCUGGAGAACGUGAGGCGGGGGAUCGGGGCGCUCAACGAAAACUUCCUCACCAGGAACGAGUCGCAGCUGACGUUGUCGCCGAAGAAGCAGAUGAACGGGUUCGGGCUCCAUAGGCAUCCCACCAGGGCGUCGGAGAGCGGAAGCUCGUCCAUGGCCAGCAUGAACGGCCACGGAGGCGGCGGCUGAACGCGUCUGGACAAAUGUGUCCAGUAAAAAAUCGUAAAAGUUAGCUCUAACAAGUUGGAGGAAAGACAGUUUCUC